AUGAUGUCGCAGUGUGCCCAAACACCACUCCCACCUUUUCUUAAACAACCCCGGAUAUGCCUGCCGGUAGAGAAAGGUCACGACCCUUGUGUGCUAAAAAUAGCAACGACAUCCUUUCAAACUGACAGAAACACAGGGCUAACUUCCGAAAGUCAUUCGAUCACCACUCUUCAAGGCUCCACUCACUCCACUCUUUGCUACUGCCUUCCCUCUGAGACGCCAGCUCACUCCUGUAGCACUCCAGCACUCCAGCAGUCUCCAGCUCACUCCUACCGCUUCCAGCUCACUCCUACCGCUUCCAGCUCACUCCUGCAGCUUCCAGCACUCCUGCAGUUCCAGCAGUCUCCAGCUCACUCCUACCGCUUCCAGCUCACUCCUGCAGCUUCCAGCACUCCUGCAGCUUCCAGCAGUCUCCAGUUCACUCCUACCGCUUCCAGCUCACUCCUACCGCUUCCAGCUCACUCCUGCAGCUUCCAGCACUCCUGCAGCUUCCAGCAGUCUCCAGCUCACUCCUACCGCUUCAAGCUCACUCCUGCAGCUUCCAACACUCCUGCAGCUUCCAGCAGUCUCCAGCUCACUCCUACCGCUUCCAGCUCACUCCUACCGCUUCCAGCUCACUCCUGCAGCUUCCAGCACUCCUGCAGCCUCCAGCUCACUCCUGCAGCUUCCAGCAGUCUCCUGCUCACUCCUACCGCUUCCAGCUCACUCCUGCAGCUUCCAGCACUCCUGCAGCUUUCAGCUCACUCCUGCAGCUUCCAGCACUCCUGCAGCUUUCAGCUCACUCCUGCAGCUUCCAGCUCACUCCUGCAGCUUCCAGCACUCCUGCAGCCUCCAGCUCACUCCUGCAGCUUCCAGCGCACUCCUACCGCUUCCAGCUCACUCCUGCAGCUUCCAGCACUCCUGCAGUUUCCAGCACUCCUGCAUGCCCACUCACGUCCAGCGCCCGUUAACGUCCGGACACCGUUCCCGAACAAACGACCUCUGUCGUCUUACCAUCCACCGUUCGCAAAUAAAAUUUCCAUCAUCUACAACGGACCAUCUGGCUAUGAUUCUGUUCGUAUCUAUCUAUCUAUCUAUCUAUCUAUCUAUCUAUCUAUCUAUCUAUCUAUCUAUCUAUCUAGGAUUUUGUUCACAUCUGUCUAUCUGUGA